CAGAGAUUUGUCAGUUAGUGGAGGUGGAGUCAUAGCUCAAAGGACACAUGUACGCACAAGGAACAGGGUGAGGACUCUAGGAGAGAAACCCAUGGGUGAUAACACACAGAGAGGAGGAGUGCAGUGAAAGGGGAAACAAGAGGAAGGGCUGCCGGGACAAAGAAGCCGUGAAACCGGCCAUGCAGCUGUGAGCGAAAAAGGGGAAAGAGAGUGGAAGUUUGAUAAGUGUGUGUGUUGAGGAAGUGACAUUGUAAAUAUUUACUUCUGAGGAGACAGCCUGUCAUGAACGGAGUCGACGGAAAGCAGAAGCCGCAGCCGCAGCAAUAUGUGUCCAGCUUCAGCAUGGUCAUCAAGCCCCCCGCAAGCACCCACAAAGAGGGGGCCAAAGGAGCCAGCACAACCAGGAUCCCUGGUUUAAACGGUGUGGACAGUAAAGGGAUGGCUGGAGGAGUUGGCCCGAAUGGUUCCCACUGUGCUGGGUCCAGACACCUCGGCUCUCCCAGGAGUCCUGAGCCGCCCAUUUUCCUGGGGCCGCUGCGAGACCUCUCUGUCGACGAAGGAACCGACAUCACACUGAGCGGAAUCAUCUCUGGAACUCAGCCUAUCAACAUAUCGUGGUUGCACAAUGGGGAAGUGGCCUAUUUCGGAAAGUCUUUCAGUGAUGGCCGAGUGGUGAGGUUCCUGGUGAAGGAAUGUCUACCCGAAGAUGCUGGAACCUACACAUGCUUGGCAAAGAACAGCGCAGGCCGAUCUUCUAGCUGUGCAUCUGUUUCCGUCCAAGACUUUGAAACUCUCUGCGGGGUGCGUGCCUCUGCGCCAGCCAAACUCUGCUCUCUCCCAGAGAGCGUUUCAGAAAACGGAGAAGCGACAACAUCUCCAAAGGGCAUUGCACAGGACCUCAAAGGAUCUUCUCUCGCUUCUAAUGACCAGAGUCCAGGAGAAGAUCUAAGAACUAAUGCGGUCAUUCCAAAGAAGAGGUCAACAUCGGGUAAAGCUCCUGUUCUUCGGUUUGAAAAGCCACCCCAGCACGUCGAGGUAAAGACGGGAGAGUGUGCACGGCUGACGUGCGCAUUCUCUGGCAGCCCACCCAUAGUGGCCUGUUGGAUCAGAAACAAACUACAGAUAGAGGAUACCGGAGCAGAGUUGUGGACUGAGAACUGUGCCCGGAGCAGCACGCUCGUCAUAGCCGCGGCUGAACCUCAGCACACGGGACGCUACACUGUCCUGGUCCGCGACCGGAGAAGCUCCGCGCAGCAUACAGUCACCCUCUCCGUUAUAGACACACUAGAGAAGCCCCAGCCGCCUGCAUCCGUCCCCGUGGUCUCCUUGGUCUCCCUGGGGGGAGCGGUGCUCUCUUGGUCGGGCCCCUGCUACGACGGCGGCAGCGCGGUGCUGGGCUACGUGGUGGAGGCGAGCAGCCGAGGCCCCGAGCCGGGGGACUGGAGGGAACUGAGUGACCGGUGUAAGAGCACCUCGUACAGGGUGAGCGCCGGCCAGCUGCCUCCCCAGACGGCCUACCGCUUCCGAGUGAGGGCCUACAACGCGGUGGGGCUCAGCGAACCCAGCCCGGAGUCGCCGCCUGUCAACAUGGAGCCCGCAGCCUCCGGCGGCCAAGUGGAGGAGCCGACCCCAGCGUACGCCCACGUGGCUGUCGACUGUGUCCACAAAGUGGCGGAUCACUACACCGUGCUGGAAAAACUGGGAGUUGGUAAAUUUGGGCAAGUGUUCAAGCUGAUGCACAAGGAAAGUGCACGCGAGUGUGCGGGAAAGUUCUACAAAGGCCGCCGGGCCAAGGAGAGGGAGGCCGCUCGCAAGGAGAUUGAGUUGAUGAACUUCCUGCACCACCCCAAGCUGGUGCAGUGCCUGGCCGCGUACGACCACAGGUCGGAGAUGGUCAUGGUGAUGGAGCUCAUUGCAGGGGGCGAGCUGUUUGAGCGCAUCGUGGACGACAGCUUCGAGCAUACGGAGGUGGCUAGUGUACGCUACAUGCAGCAGAUCCUGGAGGGAACGGCCUACAUGCAUCAGCAAGACAUCAUCCACCUGGACCUGAAACCCGAAAACAUUGUGUGUGUCGACCAUACGGGCACCGCCAUUAAAAUAAUUGACUUUGGGCUAGCCAGCAAGCUAGAUCCUAAGGUACCUCUCAAGGUAAUGCAUGGGACCCCUGAGUUUGUGGCCCCAGAAGUGAUUAACUAUGAACCCGUGGGUAUGGCCACAGACAUGUGGAGCAUUGGAGUCAUCUGUUACAUCCUACUGAGCGGUGAGUCUCCGUUCCAGGGGGGCAGCGACGCGGAGACCCUAGCAUUGGUCACCUCGGCCCAGUGGGAGUUUGAUGAGGAGAGCUUCGAGGAGAUCAGUGGUGAUGCCCAGGGAUUCAUCAGCGCCCUGCUCAACAAGGCUCCCAGGCGGCGCCUCUCUGCCCAGGAGGCUCUGGCCCACCCCUGGAUUGCGGCGUCUAACUGCACAGACCCCAGCAACGCCAAGAGCCUGCCCAAGAACAAGAUGAAGAAGUUCCUGGCCCGCCAGAAGUGGAAGAAAGCAGGCAAGGCCAUGCUGGCUCUGAAGAGAAUGGCGCUGUUAUCCAAGCCAGACAGCACUUCGUCUCUGGUCAGUCCCGGAGAGGAAUCACCUAUGUCCCCUGAGGCCGAGCACGCCUUCCUGUCCCUGGAGCACAAGAUGCAGGGCCCCCCCCGUUUCUCACAGGGCCUGGAGGACCAGGCGGUGUCUGAUGGGGCCACCGGCCGGCUCUCCUGCCACCUGACAGGCUACCCCGACCCGGAAGUGGUGUGGCUGUGCGGGUCGGUGCCGGUGGCGGAGACGGCCCGGGUUCAGAUCGAGUACGAGGAGGACGGACGCUGCACCCUGGUGAUUGCCCCGGUGGGCCCUCAGGACACCAACGUUUACACAUGCAGGGCCACCAAUGACCACGGGGAGGCACUGUGCUCCGCCAAACUCAUUGUGAGCGAGUAGCUGACUCGAGUGGCUUGAACACAAGGGCACAUAUUGCUUGGUCAUAGUCGAAGUCCGUAGAUCUUUGCUGGUGGGAUAUUCUGCUGCUUUUGCUGAUAUUUUGAUUUAUUCAAACAUUCCAGAUGAUGUCCUUUGGCGUGUCUUGACACAAAUGUGAACCCCAAUAUUUCGUGAAGUGGUAUUUACUAUAGAUAGAUGUUGAUGUCAUGCUGUAUAUAAUGGAGCCGGCAAUGCUAAAGAAUUGUCUGUAUUUUUUUUUAUAGAGUAUGUAUAGAAUCUUGUAACCUAGCUCACAGAGUCUUAAAUCUAUCCAUCUUUGUGUGUUGGUCUAAUAAUGUAGCCAACUUGCACCUACUCGUGCGCCAUGCGGCCUUCGUUUUAGCUCUUUGGCUUGCUGACAACUGCCCCAACGUCUUCUCCACAAAAACAAAUAAUGCAAUAAUAAAGAGUUCUUAUAGAUUUAUUAAA